AUGGCAGCGCAGGCCCCCGACGUCUUGGACUGGACCUGGAUGGCCCGAGCCUGGCAGUCCGCUGGUGCCCAAGAAGGCGCGGAAGCAGCGUUGGAAAAGUUCGGCCUCAUACUCCUCAACACGCCAAUGUCGCGGGAACUGCUGGAAACGACAUGGUCCAUGACCGGGAGGCACAUUGUGGCAGACGGAGGUGCCAAGGUCCUGCAGAACAUGGCUCCGGAGUUCAUACCCGACUUGAUUGUUGGGGACUUCGACUCGGCGCCCAAAGCAGUUCUGGAGGCCUAUCGAGAGAAGGGAGUGGAGGUCCGAGACUUGUCGGACGAUCAAGACAGCACGGACUUGGAGAAGUGCCUUCAAGCAGCGAAGGAAGCUGGCUGUGAGCGUGUCUGCGUGGUGGGGCAGUUUGCAGGCGUCGACGGCCGCUUGGACCACACCUUUGCUGCGAUGAAUGCCAUGCAAAAAGCGGCCCACCUGCAGGACAUUUGUGUGGCCCUGGUGAGCGACGACUGCAUCUGCGCGCUGCUUCGCCAGGGAUGCCACCGGGUCGGUGGCUUCGCAGCAGCUCCAAGCAGCUGCGGUCUCGUUCCACUCGGAGGCCCAGUCAAGGUGUCGACACAAGGCCUGCACUGGGAUGUGGAGGAGGCCAAACUGGAAUGGGGAGGCCUCAUCAGCACCAGCAACUGCUUGGAUUCAAAGGGUGAUGGCUUCGUGCGGAUCGAAACCAGUGGCCCGGUCCUGUGGAUGUGCAGCCGCACGCGGGCCAAGGUGGAGUAA